CACCGGGCAGGACUCCGGGCAGCGGCACACCGGGCUGGACUCCGGGCAGAGGCACCAGGCGAAGCAGCAGGCAGCGGGCCACCAGGCGGAGCGGCAGGCACCGGGCCCCCGGGCGGGGCGGGGGCGGCCGGGCCCCGGGCGGGGCGCACAGGCACCGGGCCCCCGGGCGGGGCGACGGGGCACCGGGCCCCCGGGCGGAGCGGCAGGCACCGGGCCCCCCGGGCGGGGCGGCAGGCACCGGGGGCCCCGGGCGGGGCGACAGGCACCGGGCCCCCGGGCGGGGCGACAGGCACCGGGCCCCCGGGCGGGGGACAGGCACCGGGCCCCCAGGCGGGGCGACAGGCACCGGGCCCCCAGGCGGGGCGACAGGCACCGGGCCCCCAGGCGGGGCGACAGGCACCGGGCCCCCAGGAGGGGCGACAGGCAACGGGCCCCCAGGAGGGGCGACAGGCAUCGGGCCCCCAGGCGGGGCGACAGGCAUCGUGCCCC